AGUUCUCAGGAAUGGGCAAAGAAGUGGGGAAUCUGCUGUUGGAGAACUCGCAGCUGCUGGAGACCAAAAAUGCCUUGAACGUUGUGAAGAAUGAUUUGAUUGCCAAGGUGGACCAGCUGUCUGGAGAACAAGAAGUCCUGAAGGGAGAACUUGAAGCAACAAAGCAGACCAAAGCCAAAAUGGAAAACAGAGUCAAGGAACUGGAGGAAGAGCUGAAGAGAGUGAAAUCUGAAGCGAUUGUUGCCCGACGAGAACCCAAAGAGGAGGUGGAGGAUGUAAGCAGCUAUCUCUGUACAGAAUUGUGCUCCUCCCCUCUGCAGGACAACAUUCCCAUCGCUCAGCGCCGCCGCUUCACGCGCGUGGAAAUGGCCCGCGUGCUGAUGGAGCGCAAUCAGUACAAGGAGAGGCUGAUGGAGCUCCAGGAGGCUGUCAGGUGGACAGAGAUGAUCAGAGCUUCUCGUGAGCACCCGUCUGUCCAGGAGAAGAAGAAAUCCACCAUUUGGCAGUU